AUACACGCAGUGUGUCACUGCUGUGGAUGGAGAGUGGCUGGCAGAGCUGGGCCCCAUGUUCUACAGUAUCAAGCAUGCUGGCAAGUCACGUCAGGAGAACCGCCGCCGUGCCAAGGAGGAAGUGUCUGCCAUGGAGGAGAUGGCGCUGGCCGAGGAGCAGCUGCGUGCCCGCCGGGAGGAGCAGGAGCGCCGCAACCCUCUGGGCAGUGCCAGAGCUACUAAAAUCUACACCCCUGGGCGGAAGGAGCGGGGCGAGCCCCUGACACCAGGACACACUCCAGCACGCUUUGGCCUCUAAGGCAGCAGUGCCCGUUGCUUUGAAGCUUAAAGACUUUCAGGAGGAGCUGAGUCUUAGGAGUGUGGCCAGCCUCUCUGAUCACUGUACUCUCUGAGGCACUCUACAGCUUGUGGCCCAGAAAAGAUAUGGUGCUUGGCACUGAUUUUGCUACAGAACAGAAAAGACUUUAUUUUGUUUAAAAG